AUGGUUGCGCCUGCUGUCCCUGAGCUUACAGAGGAGGUGCUCCACGAAUCGCUCGAUGCUCGAACCGAAUCGCUCUCGAGUCUUCGGGAGCUCGGCCCUCCGGAUCUGGUUCAUCUGGUGAAGCAGGGCAUUCGCAAUCAGGGGAAGCAGAUUGGUAUUUACCACCAUGUCACCGGCGUCGACGCUUCUUCUUCAGCCAGUCUCGCAGCAUACAUCAACACCCUAACCUACAGAGAGCACGGCCCGAAUGCGACCAACAAGAUUGUCGAAGGCGUAUACUGCUGUUACAAUGCGUUCUCGAGACUAGAUAUGCGUAUACAUGUUUCCAUCCCUGGAACUGUCGAGAGCUACUGCGUGGACGAGCGAGGUGAUAAGAGAAAGGCCACCGACGAACUCUGGCUAGAGACAUAUCUUUGCAGUGUCUUACGAGCAUAUUCAUACGCCGAUGAUGGUAGCGGCGAAACGAUCCGAAAGAUUAUGGGAGUGCGUCGCUUCAACCCGGUCACCAACACCGAGACAGAGCACCGGUUCCUCCACUCCGCAGAGCAACUCUUUUUCCGAGGUUACCAAUUGGGUUCGGAUUCUGUUGUACAAGUGCCAACUAACGUAUCCAACCACCUUACCGUUGGUCUUCUGAAGUACCUAGAGACGACGGGUCGAUAUGCUUCCGGAAUUAACCUGUUCGAAAAGCUCCGCUCUCAGAGUGUUGAAGUAUCGUCCCUGUUGGCCAAGGUUCAAUUCAUGGGCAAUGAGGAGGUUGCAGGUGUCAGGACGUUGCAUCAUGCUCUAACCGAAAUUCCUAUGGACUAUGUCAUGCUCGACACCCAGGCAGAGUUCUUGCUACACAAGGCCAAGACCGCACCCACGCGCGAGCUGAAGGAAGAGAGGCUGAGGAUGGCGCUCAAAUGCGCAGAUCGCGCAACGAUCGCGGCACCUAGCGAAUUCGGCACCUGGGCUCGCCUAGCACAGGUCUAUGUGGCCAUGGAGGACUGGGAGAAUGCCCUUACGAUUCUGAAUUCGUGCCCCAUGUUUUCCUACCAGGAUAAGGAUACUCCGAUCAUGCCAGAGCCCAGAGAGGUGCAGCUGCCAACCCUCGCCGAAACCAGACUCGAUGAAAUCGAUAGCGAACCCGAAGGACGAUUCUCAGACCAAGUUGACCCUAACCUCCUUGGUCUGCGAGCAGCAUCUUACAAGGGCACGUUCAAGCAGGCGUACAACAUUCUAACAGAGAUGACAGCCAAAAUUGGGUGGGACCAGCUUCUAAAAAUCCGCAGUACAGUAUUCGUCAUGGAAGACGAGUACCGCACAGAGAAACACGAGGCAUCGAGGAGAAACCCUAGCAUUGAUGGUCUUCGAGGCACUCCAGUUCCUACCGCGAACGGCGAUGACGAGUCAGAGGACGAUGAACAUGAUGAGACUGUUAUCAAGAUGGGCGAGAACGACUCGGCUACGGAUGCCUUGAGGAUCAAUGGUGGCACCGGCGUCGAGGUCGGCGAACUUGAGAGACCUUCGAGUGCGAUCGAUCCUGGUGAUACGGAAAAUGGCGAAUCCAAUGAUGACCAUCUAUCUAAGCUCAAUACCAAGCGCCUUUGUGAGAGGUGGCUGGACAGCUUGUUCAUGGUUCUCUAUGAGGAUCUCAAGGUUUACACCAUCUGGCGUACACAAAUGGCGCAAUACCGCGCUCAACAGCUCCAGUAUAAGAAAUCGGCUGAGGAGUGGGCGAUUCUGGGAUCGUUGGCUGAGCGGCUACAGCAUCUGGAUGAAGCUGUCGAGGCGUACCGUGCCUGUCUGUCACUUCGGUUCAGCCCCAAGGCGCUUGCUGGAAUCCUGCGUGUUUACAAGCACGACAAGAACACCAGGGACAUGGUCCAGUCGGUGAUUAGGCUAGUUGCCUGGCAGUACCGCUGGUACAGCGAGUUCAGCCCCGAGCUUCUGCACACAAUCAGGAGCCUGAUUGAGGAUGAAGGGGCCGUCAAGGUUCGGAGUAUUGUGCAAGCAACAAGCCUGCCACAAACCGUCCUGGAUCUCACACACCACUACGCGGCACUUUGCGCCACAUUCCGAAGCAGCGGCACUGAUGCGGAAAGAAACCCGGAAUUCUACCUCCUCAUGGCAUCGGCAUCAGCAUCGGCGACUGCUGCGCCAGUCGAUGCAGCGUCGAUGCCCCCGGCCAUCGUCUGCAUUGGCAUGGCAGGCUCUGGCAAAACUACCUUUAUGCGACGAAUCAACGCCUAUCUUCAUUCAAAGCAAACACCGCCUUAUGUGAUCAAUCUCGAUCCCGCCGUCCUCAGCGUUCCCUUCGAGUCGAAUAUUGACAUCCGCGAUUCGGUCAACUAUGAGGAGGUUAUGAAACAGUACAAUCUCGGCCCCAACGGCGGCAUCCUCACCUCUCUGAACCUCUUCGCCACCAAGGUCGACCAGAUUGUCAACUUGCUGGAGAAGCGCGCAGUACCAGACCCCGAGGCUCCCGACCGCAAGCCCAUCGAGAACAUUCUUGUCGACACGCCCGGACAGAUCGAGGUCUUCGUCUGGUCAGCGUCCGGUACCAUCCUGCUGGAAAGUCUGGCGAGCUCGUUCCCAACCGUCAUCGCCUACAUCAUCGACACGCCGCGCACCUCGUCAACGUCAACCUUCAUGUCCAAUAUGCUCUACGCCUGCUCCAUUCUCUACAAGACGAAGCUCCCCAUGAUCCUCGUCUUCAACAAGACCGAUGUCAAGGAUGCAUCAUUUGCCAAGGAGUGGAUGACCGACUUUGAGGCGUUCCAGGAGGCUCUCCGCCGCGACGAGGACGCGGAUUUGAUGGGCGGCGGUGAGGGUGCAUCUGGCCACGGGGGAAGCGGGUACAUGGGCAGCCUGCUCAACUCUAUGAGCUUGAUGCUCGAGGAAUUCUACUCGCACCUCAGCGUCGUCGGGGUAAGCUCCAAGGUGGGAACCGGGAUCGACGAGUUCUUCGAGGCUGUUGAGGAGAAGAAGAAGGAGUUUAUUGAUGACUAUCUCCCCGAGCUGCAGCGACGGAGGCAAGAGCGGGAAGAGGCAAGGAAGAAGUCGCGUGACAAGGAACUCGACAAGAUGAUGCAGGGCAUGUCUGUCGGCGCGGUGGCUCCCAUUCUUCGCAAUGCGGAUGAUGACGAUGAUAUCGACGUCGCCAGCGACGUUGAGGACGAUGAUGAUGAGGACGAUGACGAGAAUGAUCCAGAGGGGCUGCAGUCACGAUACCAGGCAGCCAUGGGGGAGAAGGACGACUCGGUCAUGGCAGAUGCAAGCUUCGCCAAGUAUCUGUACAAGCGAGGAUGA